GACAUACAUGUGUUUUCAUAUGUUUUGGUUUGACUUUGUUGGGGAAAGAUCGCAGAUUACCCAGGAAUUUGCAAUAGAGCCCGUUUGUGUGGUUGAAAAUAAAUAUGUCGAAGGACUCGUUCGUCGUCAUAAAACUAUGAGGCCACUUCCAGUUUCAAUAGAGGAAGCACUUUUAAAAAACAUUUCGGAAGAAGUAAUUGUGAAACAAUCUGUUGUCAUUCUGCUUGUUCUUCAGACUCAUUUUUGCACAUCACACAGUCGCAGCAAGAGGUGAUGCAUGUUAUGACAGAAUCCUUCAGACCGUCUGAUUAGGAUUAACAUAUUUGUUCUACAAAGUAACGCAUAUUUUGUGCAUAAGGAGAAAGAACAAUUUCAUGUGGUGAGUCUAUCAAGCUGUUUUUUGGGGGGAUUUUUUCUAUCUAAUUUAAUUCUAAUUGUCUCUGUCAUUGUUUUGUAAAGUUAAUCAUGCCCUGUAAUCUCAGCUUCAUGUUUUUUUGUUAUCCUCCUGUUGCAUAACUCACUAACAACACUACACACACCAGCACCUUCUCUGGAACAGCAGUACCAAGUGGAACAUAACACUGCUGAACAUGUCCUUAAAAGGCAUCCCCCCUCACUGCCUGAGUCGCUGCUCUCUGAUUUCUGCCUUUGCAGAUUUCAGCUCUUUUAUAUGAGUUAGGUCACUAAUUCACGUGGGGUGUGUGUAUUAUACUGUCCCUGUGAUUUUAUUGCUGCUGUUGAUGUUCUAACUUCUAUUUUCCAACUUCUAUUGUGAAUAGUGUUUACUCAUCUAUGAAAAAGACAACAGCACUUUUUGAGGUGUUCUGCACUUAAGACUGGACAACAAAUCUCCUCCUGUGAUGAUUGCAGUCCAAAAAGCUGGGUCUCUUUACCAGAGACUAAACAGCGACAUCAAAGACAGGCUGGCUGGAUGCUCCCUGACUUUCCACACUUCACAAAACACCACAACAAACCUGCUCAGGGAUGUUGAUCCUGUGGUCUGUGCCAUCAAAAGAGGAGAUGUGGAAACUGUCAAAAAUCUGACAGCCUCUUCUCACUGGGUGCUGAAGGAGAACAAUGAUGGAUGGAUACCUUUGCAUGAUGCUGCCUACUGUGGACAGGAUGAGUGCUUGAAGACCCUUUUAAGGGCCCUUCCAGGCUCAGUAGACAAGCGCACAUUGCAGGAGCAGACGGCCUUGCUGCUUGCGGUGUCUUGUGAACACUUGGCCUGUGUGCAGUGUCUUUUGGAAGCAGGUGCUGACCCUGACAUCAGCAGCAAGAGCAAAGAAACACCUUUGUACAAAGCAUGCGAGCUUGAGAACAUAGACAUGGUGAACCUUCUUCUCUCUUAUGGGGCCACUGUGAACCAGCGGUGUGCCCAGGGCUGGACAGCCCUUCAUGAGGCUGUAUCGAGAAACAACACAGAGAUCUGUGAGAUACUGUUAAGAGCUGGGGCUAUAAUUAAUCCAUCUAAUACCUACACCAUCGCUCCACUGGUUGUAGCAGCUCAGCAAGGACAGAUGAGGACACUGUGUUACCUUAUUGAGAAAGGUGCAGAUGUCAACACGCAGACAUGCGAUGGGGUUACGGCGCUGCAUGAAGCGAGUAAAAAUGGCCACAUGGAAAUUGCGGCCCUUCUGUUGACUAAAAAUGCAGAUGCCAACAAACCGACAAGCUCAGGACUCCUGCCUUUGCACAUCGCUGCCCAGUAUGGACAUGACAAGAUUGUAUCUCUGCUCGUCUCGGUGACAAGUCGAGCCAUGCUCCGGCACAGUUGGAUCAGCCCCCUCCACCUGGCAGCAGAGCACAACAGACACACUGUAGCAGCUGUGCUACUGAAGACAGGUGCAGAUGUAAACGCCACACUGCCCCACAGCCACUCCAUCAAGUAUGCCGAUCGACGCACUACGGCCCUCUACUUUGCUAUUGCUAACGGCAGCACCGAAACAGCAGAGGUGUUGCUUAAUGCCGGUGCUAGUCUAAGCCUGGAUCCAGUCAGCCCUCUGCUGAUGGCUGUGCGUCAGGGUUGUGUCAGCACUGUGUCUUUACUGCUAGAAAGAGGAGCUGAUUUAAAUGCAAGCAUCCCAACAUGUACUACCACAUUCCCAGCUCUUGUUGCACUUUGUCAGAAUAAUCUGCCUCUACUCAAGUGCCUUCUGGACAAUGGCUGUGAUGCGCUCUCCUGUUUUACGUGUGCUUAUGGCAGUGCCCCUCACCCAGCUGCAGGACAAUCCGAUAUAAUAACUGCUGGCAGUAAUGGAUAUGCUUUGCAGAAUGGCAGCAUGCUUCCUCUAAAUUGCAAUGAGCCUUCAGAGAGGAUAACACAGUUCUGCGAGUGGAUCUCAACGCCAGUAAUGAGUAAAUGGGCAGGGCCAAUUAUAGACUUGCUGCUAGAGUAUGUUGGCCAUGUUCAGCUGUGCAGCAAGCUCACUGAACUGCUGGACAGCCGUGAAGAAUGGCACGUUGUCAAGAGGAAGUUGUUGUCACCAUGUCCACUGCUGCACCUCUGUAGAUUAAAGAUUCGGACCCAGAUGGGGGGACACAGACUGAGAUCCAUCACAAGCGUACCUCUGCCAAACAGACUGAUUAGAUACCUGAGCCAUGUUGACUGA